AUCUUCCCAUCAAGGCAUCAACCAAUCCACUCCACAGCCCCCGGAGCCAGACACACCAACAAGCUUCCCUGUCUUCAUCUUCUUCUUCUUCCCUGCUCAAAUCUUCCAUACACCAUGGGCUCCCUGAGAAGCAGUGGCAGCGGCGCGGCGGUGCCGGUAGAGAGUGUUGACCCUGAGGCGGCGUGCGCACUGCUGGCCUCGGGGCAGUACGGGUACGUGGACGUGCGCAUGUGGGAGGACUUCGACAAGGGCCAUGUCGCCGGCGCACGCAACGUACCAUACUACCUCUCCGUCACCCCUCACGGUAAGGAGCACAACCCUCACUUCGUCGACCAGGUCGCCGCGCUCCACGCCAAGGAGGACCAGUUCCUCGUUGGCUGCCGCUCCGGAAUCCGGUCAAGGCUUGCCACUGCAGACCUCGUCGCCGCGGGAUUCACGAGUGUGAAGAACCUGGAGGGUGGCUACCUCUCCUUGCUCAAGAGCGCAAGCUACCCGCAGCCGACAGCCAGCCACCACUGAUCCACCAAUUCCGUAUCUUGAAUAAGUACUACGAUGUAGUAUUAUCCAACGUCUUACGAAGAAUAAGAGGAGGAGUUAAUUUCCAUGGAAAAAGAAGGCAGUAUGUAUGGAUAUGCAUCCUGGGUUCUUGGCAUGAACUUUGUUCCAACCAAUAGCGCUACUAGCUGAAUACUGAUUUCCCCUUUUAUGAAUGUAUCUCGCAAAAAGAAAACUAAAGAAAAUGUUUUAUUCCUCUGGUCUAGAAAAUGUCAACUAUCAUAACCUCCUAAAUAAUUUUAAGGGUUAUUAGUGCAUAUGACGUUGACAAAGUGAUCAUGUGCUACUGUCGUUAGUUAAUUACCAUGCAUUGUAAUCGCACAGCAUGCAUUUGGACUAGUAUAUGUGGGGUAAGAGCAGGAUGCGGACACCCUGGCCUGACUGGCUCACCGAUAGAUUGUCCAAGUGCCUAGUGUGUGCCACACAGAUAGGCAACAAAAUCCUGUUGUUCGACAGUGAUCCAAUUCCUUUUAAUCCUUCUCAUCGGAGCAAAUCCUUGAGGACGUCAAAAGGUUUGCAUCCUUUGGCUUGGGCUCCUGCUCUCCCCUUCUACUUAUCCUCCUAUGUAUAAGCACAUAUACACAUUCGAGUAUGUUCACUCAAUUAUUCUCUCAUGUAAAGCUC